GUUGCAGUUCAACAAAAACAAGCAACAGUAACAGUACAAAGUGACAAAACAAGCCAAGGAAACUCAUGGAGUCAAAUGAUGAAAGAAGAAAUAGGAGAAACAUCCAUCAGCACGAAUACCCACCCUGAAGAGGAAACACACAGUAAGUCACAACAGACCAGCGAACAGCAAAUG